CCUUACAGGACCUUUUUGUCGCAAAGCAUUGUGAGGUACAUUCUCUUUUCCUGGUCACUCAUAGACACGUACGAUGGGCAAGUGCCGUGGUCUUCGCACAGCCAGAAAGCUGCGUAGCCACCGUCGUGAACAAAAGUGGCAUGACAAACAGUAUAAGAAGGCCCAUUUGGGUACUGCUCUGAAGGCCAACCCUUUUGGGGGUGCUUCCCAUGCUAAAGGAAUUGUGCUGGAAAAAGUUGGCGUAGAGGCCAAGCAGCCAAACUCUGCUAUCAGGAAGUGUGUCAGAGUCCAGCUCAUCAAGAAUGGUAAAAAGAUAACAGCUUUCGUCCCCAAUGACGGGUGCUUGAACUUCAUCGAAGAAAAUGAUGAAGUUCUUGUCGCUGGCUUUGGUCGUAAAGGACAUGCUGUUGGUGAUAUUCCUGGUGUCCGCUUCAAAGUGGUAAAAGUGGCCAACGUUUCCCUACUGGCAUUGUACAAAGGCAAAAAGGAGAGACCUAGGUCAUAAAUGUUUUCGUGCUCACAGGAAUAUUAAUAAAAAUGUUUUCCCCUUAA